GUGUUCUUGAUCGAUUAAGCUGUCCUCAACCAUCAUGGCUGCCAUUAUGGCGGCAGGUCUGGUAGUACUGGCACUCCUCGCUGCCGUCGCCGCUCCGGCGCACGCCACGGACUACGUGGUGGGCGACUCGGCCGGGUGGGCCAGCGGCGUGGACUACGCCACCUGGGCGAGCGGCAAAACCUUCGCUGCUGGGGACAACCUAGUGUUCCAGUACAGCGCGAUGCACACGGUGGCGGAGGUGAGCUCCGCGGACUACAGCGCCUGCUCGGCCAGCAACUCCAUCCAGUCCUACAGCGACCAGAACACCAAGGUCGCGCUUACGGCGCCCGGCACGCGCUACUUCAUCUGCGGCGCCCCGGGUCACUGCGGCAACGGCAUGAAGCUCGCCGUCACGGUCGCCGCCGCGGCCGCCACCACCACCCCGGAGACGUCCACGUCUACGCCCGCCGCAACGACGACGCCCACCACGACCAACGCUGACACGCCCAACGCUGACACGCCUCCGGAGACGUCCACGUCUACGCCCGCCGCAACGACGCCGCCCACCACGACCAAGUCCACGUCCACCUCGAGCACUAGCAGCACUGGUGCUGCCUGCGGUGGGGAGGCCCGGCUCGGUAUGGGCAUUUUGGCCGCGGCCGCGGGCCUCGCCGGGCUCGCCCUGAUGGGCUAGGCUAGGCAAGAGGCAGUGCUGUUUCGGUUUUCCUUAUGUCCCCUGCUUUUCCUGUUGGUUGCAGCCCUGUAGCCCAUUGUGUUUACUGUCUACGCACCCUCCUCCAUUCACGUUUAUGCUCACGAUGGCUUGUUCGAGGCUCCUGCUGAAUACAUGUACGAUCAUUCUUACU